AUGCCCCGGUUUCUACGACCGCUACCCCGACUGAGGAAACCCCUCCACGGAUGCCCCCGGUUUUCUACGACCGCUACCCCGACUGAGGAGACGUACGGCACGGAUGCGCCGACGCCUGCGCCGACCGGAACUGAGGGCGAGUCCGAGGAGACGCCGGUGCCCACUUCACCCGAGCAGCAGCCCUCAACGGAUGCCCCGGUUUCUACGACCGCUACCCCGACUGAGGAGACGUACGGCACGGAUGCGCCGACGCCUGCGCCGACCGGAACUGAGGGCGAGUCCGAGGAGACGCCGGUGCCCACUUCACCCGAGCAGCAGCCCUUCACGGAUGCCCCGGUUUCUACGACCGCUACCCCGACUGAGGAGACGUACGGCACGGAUGCGCCGACGCCUGCGCCGACCGGAACUGAGGGCGAGUCCGAGGAGACGCCGGUGCCCACUACACCCGAGCAGCAGCAAUCUACGGAUGCCCCGGUUUCUACGACCGCUACCCCGACUGAGGAGACGUACAACACGGAAGCACCGAAGGAUGCGCCUGAGGAUGUUGACCACUCUGAAGGCGAGAAUGCGACACAGGUGCAGUACAACGAAGGCAUAGAUGACGUCCGUCAGACCCAAGUGAAUGGUGAGGAGUCUCGUUUUCCGACACUUCAAGAGCACAAGAUGUGCGCGUAA